AUGACGGAGAUCUGGACAGAGAAGCUCCAACAAGUGAUGGUGAAGAGUGGAAAAAAGGUAGAUCUCUUAGGUGAUUUGGCCAGUGGCUUGAAAAUGGAGAGAAACAUGAAAAUAAUAUGGCAAGGGAUGAUUUUUUUUUUUUUUCUGUCUCUUUUUCCUAACAGAUUCAUGCCAGAACAUAAACUUGCCCAUUUGGAACAGGUAAUUGGUGUUAAAAGAAAUGGAGAUGCUUAUCAAUUGGAGGGUCUCCCUGGCCAGCAGAAGAGCAAAGCUUUGGGAGGUUUAAUGAAAAACAGCAACGCUCAUCGUGAGUCUGGACUUUGUGAAGCCCAGCCUGGACUUUGUACCACACAGCAGGAGGGGCUGCCUUCCCCAUCACCAGCACCGGCGAGAUUGAACAAGUCUGAAGCAUCAGAAAGUACAAAUCCUUGUCAAGAAGAAGAUAAGCAACAUCUGACUUUUAACCUCUGUAAUAUCUUGAGUGGACGGGACUAUCAGCAAAGACCUUUACAUGUUGUCUGGCCUCACAGGUGGGAACAUGACAAAGGUCCUGAAACUUUCUUCAAAGUCCUACUGAAACUGAAGGAGGAAGAUCUACCUUUUCAUGUGUCUGUCCUUGGAGAGACUUUCACUGAAAUUCCAGAUAUCUUUUCAGAGGCCAAAAAAGCUUUGGGAUCUUCUGUCUUGCACUGGGGCUACUUACCCAGCAAAGAUGACUAUUUCCAGGCUCUCUGCAUGGCCGAUGUUGUCAUCUCGACAGCUAAACAUGAAUUCUUUGGCGUGGCAAUGGUCGAAGCUGUAUAUUGCGGCUGUUACCCGCUGUGUCCCAAAGCCUUGGUGUACCCAGAGAUAUUUCCAGCUGAAUAUCUGUAUUCUACACCUGAACAGCUUUUGAAAAGGCUUCAGAAUUUCUGCAAGAGACCAGAUAUUGUAAGGAAACAUCUCUAUAAGGGCGAGACGGCUGGGUUUUCUUGGGCAGCGCUCGGCGGUAAAUUCAGGUCUCUGCUCGCAGCAGAACCGAGAGAAGAUUUGUGACAGAUGGGGCUAAGUCACAAACUUGCAGCCUCAGGCAGAAUUGUGGAAGUUUCCAGAGUGUGCCCAUAUUUACCUGAUCAGAGAGAAAAGAAAAUCUGCAGAGGAAGCCGAGCCUGGCUGCUUGUCAUAGCUGACACAGAGCCAUCUGCCACAAACCUGUGGCGGCUUCAGAUCUCCAAUCCCUGCCACCACCCCAGCUCAAAUUAAAUACAGAUUCUUAGAGACGUUAUGAUGGUUACACAUGUCCUCGGCAUCACAUGCAGGAGACUGUUCAAAAAAAAUAUGUGGCCUGUUGUAUAACCGCACUCAUGUAUCCCAUAUGUGGUGCCACAUUGAAUUUCCGGUUGAAUCUGUUUUUAUCCUUUGUACUGGAUGACAUG